UUUUUAAGGAAAAAAAAGACACCACUUUUAUCAUCUAAAAAAAACACAAAAACUCUUGUCUUAAAUUUUUCUGUACUUAAAAUUAACAAAGAAAGAACACUGAUCGACCAAAGCCACUAAAAAGCUCCAAACUUUUUCGUAUGAAUUCGAUCUCACUCCACUUCACAUUCAUCUCCCAUCAAAUUCCAUUAGUCUGCUGAUUUUGAGGAGAACGGGGUCGUUUUAAUUUCUACACAAUUUGAAGAACUUUUUUGAAGACUGCAACUUUUCACCACAUUUUGUAUUAUUGUAAUUAGCAGGCGGCGCGUGUUCCUCUAGUGUUGUGGAUUGUCAUGCUGGAUGUUACUGCCAACUGGUGUAAUAGGGAUGAAUUCCACUAUGGAUGAUAUGAAUUUGAUUCAGCAGGCGCAGAGGCAUCACUUAGUUGUCAGAGAAAUAGGCGAGGAGAUUGAUCUGGAGAUUGGUCAUGGAGACGAUGAUUCUUCAUUUACUAAUACCCAUUUACUAGGUGGUGCACGUGAGCCUUCUGCUGAGGAGCACGAUGAGGCGAAGAAUAUGGCAAUGAGUUCUCAAAUUUCUGCUGAAGAUCGAGAUAUGUCAAAGUCACCGCCAGCGAAAAGAAAGAAGAAGGUGGUUAAACGAUGGAGAGAGGAAUGGGCGGAUACUUACAAGUGGGCAUAUGUCGAUGUGAAGGACGGAACUGCAAGAAUAUUUUGUUCUGUUUGUAGAGAAUAUGGUCGGAAGCAUAGAAGAAAUCCUUAUGGGAAUGAAGGCAGCAGGAACAUGCAGAUGAGUGCAUUGGAAGAGCAUAAUAAUAGUCUGCUUCACAAAGAAGCUCUUCGUCUUCAGAUAGCCUCCAAGGAUAAGAUCAUUGUUGAUAAGCCCAUUUAUGUAAAAGCUCUUAUGUCCAAAACAGCUGGAUCUAUUGUCGAAGCUGCACUUAAAAGGGAUCCACAUGAGACUGAAUUUAUACAAUCAGUACAAGAAGCUGUUCAUGGUUUAGAAAGAGUGAUUGCAAAAAAUACUCAUUAUGUUAACAUCAUGGAACGCUUGUUGGAACCUGAGCGUAUGCUUCUUUUUCGAGUUCCUUGGGUGGAUGACAAGGGUGAGGCCCAUGUAAAUCGGGGGUUCCGAGUACAAUUUAGCCAGGCAAUGGGUCCAUGUAGGGGUGGCAUUCGUUUUCAUCCUUCUAUGAACUUAAGUAUUGCUAAGUUUCUUGGUUUUGAACAGACAUUAAAAAAUGCCUUAUCACCAUACAAAUUGGGAGGGGCUGCAGGAGGUAGUGAUUUUGAUCCAAAAGGAAAAAGCGAUAAUGAGAUCAUGCGCUUUUGUCAGAGUUUCAUGAACGAGAUCUAUAGAUAUCUCGGUCCCGAUAAGGAUCUCCCUUCAGAAGAUAUGGGUGUUGGUACUCGAGAAAUGGGAUAUCUAUUUGGGCAGUACAGACGUCUUGCAGGUCAUUUUCAGGGAAGUUUUACAGGGCCAAGGAUAUAUUGGUCUGGUUCUAGCCUGCGAACAGAAGCUACUGGUUAUGGACUGGUUUUCUUUGCUCAGCUUAUGCUCGCAGACUUAAACAAAGAACUCAAAGGACUAAGGUGUGCUGUAAGUGGUUCCGGAAAGAUUGCAAUGCACGUUGUGGAGAAGCUGAUUGCUUAUGGUGCUAUUCCAAUCAGUGUAUCAGAUUCCAAGGGAUACUUAGUGGAUGAUGAAGGAUUUGAUUACAUGAAAAUAUCAUUUUUGCGAGAUAUCAAAGCCCAGCAUAGAAGUUUGAGAGAUUACUCUAAGACUUAUGCACGGUCUAAGUACUAUGAUGAAGCAAAACCUUGGAACGAAAAGUGUGAUGUCGCGUUUCCUUGCGCUUCCCAAAAUGAAAUAGACCAAUCUGACGCCAUUAAUCUGGUGAAUUCAGGUUGUCGCAUACUAGUAGAAGGCUCAAACAUGCCCUGUACGCCUGAAGCUGUUGAUGUCUUAAGAAAAGCAAAUGUUAUUACUGCUCCUGCAAUGGCAGCUGGUGCUGGAGGGGUUGUUGCCGGAGAGCUUGAAUUAAACCAUGAAUGCAACAUGGUGCACUGGUCUCCUGAGGAUUUUGAAUCUAAGUUGCAGGAAGCCAUGAAGCAGAUAUACCAAAGAUCUUUGAAGGCUGCAAGUGAUUUCGGUUACCAAAAAGAGAGUCCCGAAGCCUUGGCACACGGAGCAGCCAUAUCUGCAUUUCUGGCUAUUGCUCAAGCUAUGACCGAUCAAGGAUGUGUAUAGAAGAAGUCUUCAGCCUGCUAGACCAGUAAAACAGUCGACAGGAUUCAAAGAUCAUUCAUGACGAAAAUAUUCAGAUCAUUUAGCAGAUUCAGCAGAUUUGAUGUAACAUAAUGUGUAUUAUUUGAUAACCAGCCUUGAAAUGGGAAGUUGGUUUGGAAAAUAUAGUUGAUGUAUAAAAAGAAAUUGGGGUAGUUCUAGUGUUAGCAUAGCAAGAGCCUCCACAAGGGAGUGCUUAUUCUUGGCUCCUUAAAGCUGUCUAAAUGCAGUCUUGUGAAAUAUUGGGAUGUUACAAUUCGAAAUAAAAUUUAAUUAUUUCCUA